GUUGUUCUUGCUUUUCAACUCGCGCCUCGCAGCAUUCUGCACGCUGCACCGCCUGCCUCCAUUCCCAUCACUUGCCCAUCGCAUCAUCACACGCACCUCCCGUGCUGUCACUGAACACCAACACCACCAACACCAACAACAACAACGACCGCGACCAUGCCAGGCGCCGGGAGCUUCGAUCUUGAUGUUGGCGUGCCGCUUGAUGUGCAGGGAGACUUCAUCUUCUUGCUCAAGUGCUUUGCCGCCCUGUUUGCCAUGGACUGGCUGCUGGUGAACGUGGUCAAGUGGUUCCCAGAGCGCGCCUCCACCACCCGCUACUUCUCCCUGCACAUCCUCGUCAACGCCUACGUCGUCGUCAUCCACUUCAAGGACGUUGUUGCAGCAUACUCCGACCCCACCAACGCCUAUCUCGGCCCAUGCGACACGCGCGGCACCGUCGCCAUCUUCGCCCUCCACAUCUACCACAUCAUCUUCUACCGUCCCCUUCCUUGGGUGGACUGGGUGCACCAUGUGGUGAUGGUGAUUGUCAUGCUUCCACUCGCAUACAUGCUUGCCCCUGGCCACAUGAUUGCUCAUGGCGCCUUCUACGCCAGUGGCCUUCCAGGCGGUAUCGACUACAUUUUCCUCGUCCUCAUCAAGUGCAACGUCAUCUCGAAGAUGCAAGAGAAGGAGUGGAACGUUUGGGUGCAGAACUGGGUCCGUGCCCCAGGCUGCAUCAUCCAUGCGUGGCUCACGUACCACAACCUCGUUGAGGCGAACAAGCGCAUCGCUGAUCCAGACCUCUCCAUGCGCCUCCCAACUUCCACCAUCCCGCUCAUUCGCGACCAAACACUUGCCAACGUUGCCGCGUGGGUGGUCAUCCUCACCUUCUACUGGAACGGAAUGUAUUUCCUCGAGCGCGUAAUUCGCUCCCACGAGCGCCACCUCGUCCUGCAGACCCUCGACGUCUCUCCACGCGACCUCGCUGCAAAGGAGAAGGACGCUCGCGCUGCAGCGAAGAAGAAGAACAACUGAUCAGCCACCACCAUUUGUUGUCGCGUGCGUAUGCGGUGAACUUCUGGCGCUGCUUUUUGACUGUGACGCCGAGACGUACACGCUGUGUUUGACGGAUGUCGCAACAACAACAACAACACAACAACAACAACAACAACAACAACAACAACAACAACAACAACAACAACAACAACAACAACAACAACAACAGCAGCAACCCCUCUUCCCUCUCCUUUCCUCCUUCUGCUUUCCUCUUCUUCUUUCCUCUUGCGUGUUUCUUGCUCCCUCUAGCUCGAUUUGCCAUAUGCACGGCUCUUUCGCUGCUUACAACGCUGUUCGGUUCCUGUUUGUGUCGUUCCUUACUUGCUUGUUUGUUUGUAACAUUUUCUUGAGUGUCCCUUGCUUCCUGCUGUCGUUGUGUUUAUGUCUCACGUCCGCCCACGCUCCCUCUUGAAACGUCUGAGUACACCUGUCACGAACGAAG